AAAUUAGACAGAUAAGACUAGUAGCUUCAAACCUGCUUUAAUAAGCUGGUAUUUUAGUAGUUCCUGUGACAAAGAAAUAAAAGUUUAUGUAAGAUUAAAAGUUAAUAAAGCAUAUUUUCUUCGUAGUGCAUAAUGGAGAAAAAUAAUGUGUGAAGAUUUCAACUGAUGUCAGAAGCUGAAAAGACUGACACAAGUUAUUUUUAUUUCCAUAAUUGUCAUAUUUGACUUCUUGUUCACUAGUUUUACGUUUUUUUCUUCAAAUUCAAUUCAGUUUUUCUUGCACUUUUCUCGAAAUCGUAGUAGAGAUUUGCGAUGAUUCAUCGGUACAGAUUUAUUGUUAGCUCGAAUAUUAUUCUGCACGUUUAAAUCUUAGUAAUUUUUGUUUGUACAAAUAAUGUUUGUCUAAAAUAAAAGUGAAGGUUUGAAGUAAUGAAAAAGAAACAUUAACGUACACAAGUGGUAUUCAAUCUGAAAAAGAAUAUGACCAUCUUAUAUCAAACUAAGAUGUGCAGUUCUGAUAGAGAUGAAAUAGAUAGGAUACCAUCAAGAGAUAGAGCUACGAAUUGGGAUGUUGCAGGUUUUGUUUUUUCCAUAUUCAGUCACAUAGCUGAUGUAUUUUUCGAUUGCAAUGUAGCAUAUAGGUAUUAUGCUAGUAAACAUUUAUCAUAUUUCUUUGCUACAUUAUCUUUUAUCAUAAUACCAGCAAUAAUAAAUACUGCAUUCAGUGUUCGAAUGUAUGUACUAGAUCAUGAAAAUGUCAACAGAGGAAGUAAUCUAACAAAGAAAUUUACCAGGAAAAGGCUGUGUAUCAUUUUUAUUUUGAUUUUUCAAUUAGCACCGAUUCUAAGAUAUUUUGAUGCCUUAAAAUAUGCUUUAAAAUCUCAGAAGGCUGAAAAAAACAAAGAUGUAGAAAACCAAAGGAAAUAUUAUGAAAUGAUGGCUAAAGAAGAUUCAGAUGUAGCAUUGUUAAGAGUACUGGAAUGUUUUUUAGAAGCUGCACCUCAGCUUAUUCUUCAGUUAGCAAUUAUAUUCCACAGCAAAGGAAAGGAGAUGGAAGGUGAUACCUUUACAAUAAUUCAUCAAUUGUUAUCCAUUGGCAGUUCGUUUGUUAGUAUGGCAUGGUCAAUGGCCUCUUACCAAAGACUUCUACGUGUUUCACUAAGAACAAAAAAUAAUAUCUCGUGGUCAGGUACCAUUGUGCAAUUUAUGUGGCAUUUUUUAGUUACUGUUUCGAGAAUUCUUUGCAUUAGUGUGAUAGCCUCCAUAUAUCCAACAGAAACAAUUGUUGUUAUUAUUGGUCAUUGGUUCGUUAUGACGUUAUGGCUAGCCUGUACAAGUGCAAAAAAUAAUUUCUGUGAUCAUAAUUCUCUCUACGAUUUCCUAUUCUAUUGUAUUUUAGGAGCAGUUUAUAUCUUCACCCACGUUGUGCUGGUUGAAGGUCGAACUUUCCUUAAGUACGUAAUUUUCUAUUGUGUACUAUUCGCUGAAAACACAAUAGCCAACGUGGUAUGGAUAAUAUCUGCAGACGAAGCUGUGAGAGAAAAAGUAUAUUAUUUACCUAUCAUUUUAUUGAAUGUUAUCCCCUUUUUCUUGGGAAUUGUUUUUAUGGUGUUGUACUAUAAAGUAUUUCAUCCCAGUUUAAGUACAGGAUAUAACAGGCAACAAGCUGCUGUGGCCGUAGCAGCAACUACCUAAUUAAAUUUAUUUUUAUUUCGAAAAACGUCAAUUAAAUCAAUGAUUGAAAUUUAUACGAAACUGAGGAAUCCAUUCGGGGCCACAAAUCAACCCAAAGCACUAUUGGAAAGGAAAAUUUCAUUUAUAAAUCGCAGAGUAUUUGGAAUUUUUUUUUCGCUAUGAAAUUGGGUUACACUGAAUGCAGAAAUUUAUAAUGAAAUGUUUAAAAUUUCAAUAACCCUUACUGGUUUCACAAAAUUGUAAUGAAUGGUAUUGAAUUUCACUGCAUGUUUCACUCUCUACUAUGAAAAUAACCAGACUGAUAUUUUUAGAAAUUAAUAGCGGGUGGCAUAUAUUUGUAGCAUAAACAUCUAAAAAUUAAUUUUAAUUUAUUUGCGUUUUCUAGUAAUAGAAAACUGAUUUUAAAAUAAAAAUGUAAUUAGUAACACGAAAUCGUAUUAUCAAAUAAAAACAUUACAGUACCCGUUGUAAUUAUCCAUAUUCCAGCGUGUUUAAAAUUUUUUUCAUCAGAGGCGUAGCCCUCAGAUCACCUAUAUUUAGAUGGUUACUACUACCUAACCUAACCUCACUUUAUAAGGUGAAUGAAAUGUAUCUUUUCAAGUUUGAUCCACAACAUGAGAAGUGGUCACAAAAUUCAAAGAGGAGCAAUAUAUCAACUCAGAAGAUUGGGGAUAUAUUAACCCAUUUGCGGCCAAGAAACGAAAAGAAAACUGCAGUGAAAUUUUUCUUUAAUACCUGACGGUACCUCGCAGCAUUUUAACUUUGCUCAAAUGUAUUGGAAUUAGGGGCAUAAUAGAAUAUCUUGAUAGAUAUUUCGGUUUUUUGCCAGGAGAGUACUUUUUUCAAAAGAAAACUUUAUGUGUAUAACAAAACCAGAUAGUAGGAGUGUACUGAAAAUAGAAGACAGCUAACCAUGUUCAAUGAAUGAUUAUAGGCCCAUUGCUCUUUUCUGAAUUAACCACCUCAAUUGAAUGACAAGAACGUCCAUCAUCAUCGGUGUCGGUACGAUCACGUUUAAAUUCAGCAAUCCCUUAACAAAUGGUUCUUUUCGAUGGAGUCCGGAAAAUACUUUUGAAGCUAUUGCUGAACUUAUAGUAUUUUCUAUAUCAAGAAGCAAUGAUUAAAUGGCUAUCACAAAGUUGGUUCAUUGUAAACGUCAUAUGGAUUUGACACUGACAGCACCAUCUGUGUGUCAUUCACAUGGCUUAUUGAGUGAUGUUUUAUUUCCUCACUCAAGCGAAACGUAGACAAAUCGGGUCUUUGAAGUAAUGACAAUUAUUUAAUUAUAAUAAAAACCUGAACAAUACGUGUUACUAUUUAUUAAUAUGAUGGAAAUAUCUAUUUUUAACAAAAAUAUCCAAUUAAAAUGCUACAAAAUAAAUAAUUAGAUCUAAUUUAAACAAAUUUCAUAGCUUGAAGUUCAUAGUAAAUCCCUUGCGGUUUAUUCAAUAUGGUUUUCAGCUAUUCGUCAUCUAUUAAAACGUUCUAUGUGUUUAUGAGGAUUUGGGAACAAAUAUAUUAAAAUUAUAAUUUUGCAAUAUAAUAUACAACAUUUAUUGAAAAACAUUUUAAAGACUUAGAGAUUAAAAUUAUAAUCAGAAAAAUAAAAACACGAGUACAACACAAAAGUAACGAAAUAUCAACAGAAUGCAGAUUUGUGUCAACUGCGCCAACUUGAUAUCUCAUGCUAGCAGAUUUAUCUCUGUGAACUUUUAUUAGAAAAUUAAUUCAACCUUGCGUUAUCUGUAUGAAAUGUCUAUGAAAUUGUGGUUUAUGGCUUGGCGGAGCCGCAUUUCCAUUUAUUCUGUUUUCAAAAUAAAAAAUAAUUUAAAAAACGCUGUCAAUUAAGGGUAGGUCUUCGAAGAUUACCAGCACAUGUAAACAGAAACUACUACUUUCAAUGAAUAAAUUCAAUAUCAAUUAAUGAUAAUAGAGAAUGGUAUAUUACCAUUAACUUGAAACAUAUUCCUCAAAAAUGUACUCCUAAUGUAUCUUAAGCUAAGCCCUUACACCAAUCCAAAAAAAUAUUAAACUUUUCUUAAAUUUGGAGUCUGUGCCACCUUCUAUUAAUCAUGUUUCACAAUUGUUACUUUAUAUUUUAUAUUUAUACAGAUUUCUAUUUUCUAACAUCUACGCAGUCUGAAAAUAAAGGGGCCAAACAAGUUUUUCAAUAUAGUAAUACCUUAUAUUCACUACUGGUUUUCAUUAUCGUUUUCGAAAAGCCUCUUGACUUGAUGCAAGACUCAUUAUUUCUCGAUUAAAAGCAUGCCCAGAUGAAGUGCAGCAGAUUGUUUGAUGCAAGAUCCCGCACUGGCACUAUUUUACUUUUAUUAGGUCUCUCGCCAAGGAUUCCUUAAUUAUAUUAAGCUUUGUUUUCUUUGGAGUUUUUAAAUGUUUCUUCGUCCAUUCUGAAGUAAUUUUUGUUUUUUAUUCUAAUUCUAUAGCUAAACUCAUGUUUUUUCUUGUUCUAUCUAGCCAGGGCCUGACCAACCGUCACCAGAGUGCUCUUUUCUUUUCAUCAGACUCCAGAAACAAGGCAGCAGCAGUUUUAUUGCCAGUGAUGCACUAACCACUUUUUUUUUGUUUACUUCACCUAGCGUUGAUAUUGUCAUUUUUAAACCGCCCACAAAAUAUUAAAUAUGAGGCUAGGAAAUUGUUUACUUUUACUCGCGACAUACAAUGUUUGUCUAUGAACUAUAAUUAUUUAUCUUGCAAGAAAUUGCCUUGCAUCAUGUCAAGCGGCAAUGCCAUGUAAGACGCAAUAUUUUUCGAUCACAAACAUACGCAGAUGAAGUUCUGCUUAUUAUUUCAUGCAGGAUACCGCACUGGCAACUUUAUCGGUUUGAUGUCAUUUUUAUUGCGUGCAAGUUGCAAUUCUAGAGAAAAAUUAGUUUCUAAUAUGCUGAUAUAACGUUUUAUUUUCCUUAGGAGUUAUUCAAAUGUUUCUUCACUCAUAAUUAGUUGAAAAUAAGUGAAACUAAUUAUUGUAUGUUUUUUUCACCUAAUUCUAUAGCUUUACUCAUGUUUCCUCCUGUUCUAUUUAGUGCUCUUUUCUGUCCAUCAGUGAUACAAUGGCCUCUUUCUUGUUUACUUAGCUUUGUUAUUUUCAUUAAAAAUCGGUCACAAAAUAUUAAAUAGAAUUUGAGGUUAAGAAAUUGUUUACUUUUUUACUAAUGGAAUUUUGAUAAGAGGCAACCAUGAUGCAAUGGCAAGAGACUUGCAUAAUGCAAAGCGACGUACAAUAUUCGUCUGUGCAAUAUAUCGAUCUUGCGAAAAAUUGCAUGCAAUUUCUUGUUCUUUGUCUUGCAUCUUGUCAAGAGACCUUGAGUAUAAUGAACAAUUAUAUCUGCUGCUGCCUUGCUUCUGGGGCCUGAUGACAGGUUGGUUUCGACGCCAAAAGUAACUGGACUUCUCCCUAGAAUUGCAACUUGCACGGAAUGAAAAUGGUAUCAAAUCGAUAAAGGUAGCUUGACAUGGUGCAAGUCAACGUGAAAGAAAUUGCAUGCAAUUUUUUCCAAAGUCAAAAUAUUUCAUAGAUUAAUAUUGCACGUCUUUUGACAUUAAGCAAGUCUCUUAGUUAUUGCAUCAUGGCUGUCCAUAACAAAAACUCCAUGAGUAAAUGAAACAAAAAGACGUGGCCUUAAUCUUGCAAGUGCAAGUUCUUGCAUGGAACAAUCGGAUGAACUUCAACUGCGCAUUCUUUUGAUCAAGAAAUAUCACGUCUUGCAUUGCAUUGCAUCGUGUCAAGCGGCCUUUAUGCUUACAAAUUUUUCGAGCAACGCCAAUUCAUUAAAACCAAUAAUUUACUUUUAUCUGGGUUGAAAUAUUUUAAAUAUUGUUGUAAAUUUCUGUUGAAAUAUUUAUUUGGUUUGAAUGCAUAAAUAAUUGAAUUGUAAUUUUUUCUAAUUAUAUGUUAUAGUUUUUUGACUAUAAUGUAACAUUGCCAGUGAUAUCAAACUAGAAAGUUAACUGAUUUUUUGAUGUAACUAAACCAGAAAAAUAAUUUUAACUUAUACCAUGAAAAAUAUAUUAUUUAUUUUACAGUUAAGUUAUUCAGAAAUAAUUCUACAUGCAAUCUGAAACGAAGCUAUUGUUGAUAAACAAUUUGUAGGGUAUGUGAUAAAUAUGAAUUUAGUACUCUAUUUGUUAACAUGUUUAAAACUGUGAUCAUAUUUAUAUAAAAUAAAAAUUUUGCAAAGUGACAAAAAUAUACUUAAAAUAUAUUGGUAUAUACAAUAACAUUAAGCAAUGUUUAUACGAAGCCAGUAAUGCUUGCGUCAGUCCUACAGAUAAACCAGCGUUGGCCUGUUUCCUGCCAUUCAUUGGCGGAUUUUUCUUCGGAUGUGCACACUUUUUAAGUUGAAAAAUAAUAAAUUCAAAGAACAUCUCUGAACUAUUAAGAGAAAAUUUUAUUGAUAUAUUAGAAAAAACAAGCGAAACGACUUUGGAUAAGCAAACGGUUAAGGGAUAAACCUAUAACUGGAACUUCCGCUUUGUUAGGGUUAGGUUACUGCUGAAAACUUUGAUGAGUUAUUUUCACUUAUACAGAGCUCUAUUCAGAUUAGACACUCUGAUGAGAAAUGUAUUACCAACAAAAAUAAAAUUAGAAGCAACGUUAUUGUUCUUAGCAACAAAGACACACACAGGAAAAAACCGGACUGACAGCCAGCGAUGGCCUAAUGUAAACUAGACUUUAAUCUGUUCUUUUCUCUGUGAAUUUGUAAAGACAGUAUUAAUUAUACAAGGUGAACAACUUGAAGGUUGUAUUGUAAACUUGCAAUAAUAGUUUUUAAAACUUUUCAUGAUUUAGUAAUUUAAGUUCGGAGUUGUUCGCUCCAACUUAUUAGGAUACAAUAUUGUUGACUGCCGCAACAUUGCACUUCGUUAAGAAUAUGCUCUCUUGUAUCAGGGUCCUUGUUCUGGUUUAUAAUAAAAAGUCAAUAUAGUGAGCUCAUUUUAAAACUUAUCAUCUGUGUAACUUGAAAACCUCAAUACAUUGCAAAAUUUUUUUAUCAGUGUUCACAUGUUCAUCCUUGUAACCGCUAACAACAAUUGACAAACAUCAAAUGCAACUAUUUGAUAAGUUAUACAAAAUUUAAAAGCUCUCUUACUAUCUCUAUACAAUAGUGAAUCGCUGAAGUUACAAGUGAAAAACCACUCUGCUUUUAAAAGUGUAGUUAGAGAAAUAAAUCAAAGAAAACAAUACAAAUUGUUAUCAUCGAAAAAAAUGUUAUUAAUACAUGUUUCCUCAAAAAUUAAACCGAGAAAUGUAUUUGAUAUUCUGAAGGGACAUAUUACCAGAACUUCAGUAUGAUGGAGUUUCUGUACAUUUUUCUCAGUACGACUCCAUUUAAAUGCCACUUAUGAACAGAACUAGAUAGGUCGAGGUAGGCCAAUUGAUUGGCUAACUAGGGCUCCGAAUUUACUUCCCUUGAUUAUUUUAUGUCAGAUCAUAUGAAGUCUCUCGUCUUUCAGAGUCCGGUAGAAAAUGAGGAAAAUCUUGUUGGCCGUAUACAAGUAGCAAUAGAAGAAAUUUCUAAUACGCCUAAUGUUUUCUGCAAUGUGCGCUUAUCAAUGCUGUGAAGAGAGUGAAGAGUGAAUUUAUUGUGUUUAAGAUUUCUUCUUUUCACGACUUCCUAUCAUUUAGACCUCAAGUAAACUGUUAAAUUUUUGAAACAAAUCUUUCAAUAAAGUAUCAUAUAUGAUACCUUGCCAGCUUUUUGUUGAUAAAUGUAACUUACGUUGGACGUUACACAGUGUGACCAACACAUUCACAAUGAAAUUUCCUUGUGCCCUGAGAAAAGGAUCCAGGUCCAAAGGUUAACCGCCGAUUUAAAAAAAAUAUUGAACAUGAUACCAUGCCCGUUUAAGGGUUAAUCGAAAUAUUACACUUUUAUUCUGCAUGACUUAUUUGUGAAAUUAUCAUCUCCAUGGCAUUAAUGUUAAUAAAAAAAUUUAUGGAAACCGUUUUAGCGUAGUAGAAGAUAACAUUUUUUUCGAAGAAAACGUGUAGUUUAACGAACUAAUAUCAUUUUGUAGGACACCAUUAACCUAUUCAUGUAAGUUGAUUCGGAAGAAUCAUAAGAGCGGUCACAAAAUGAUGUUUUAAUCGAAAACGGUUGAUUUUAGCGUAGUCAAAUGUUAUUACUGUUUUAUUAAGGAAUGAUGGUAGGAUUCAAAAAUUGAAAGAAAAAAAAACAUUUUAUCCAGUGGCGAGGAAUUCGGGGGUGGAAAAAGAGUACUUGACCCCCGCUUCACACCUCUGGAAAAAAAUAUUUUAUCAACCUGAUAAUCGUCAAAAAUUUUCAAUAACAAUCGAUCAAUCCAUUUGAAAUUAUUUGACAAAACAAUCGUUUUAUUGUUAAACCCUCUAUCUUGGAAAGGAUGCGUUUGCGAAUAGUUCCCUAUCCCGAUAGGCUUAAUUUGAUCCAAAGAAGUCAAAUUUAGGGACACCCUGUUUGUACCUUAUUGUUAAAUAUUUUAGUUACGAUCAUGCCCGAUCUUAGAUACUCAUGUGAAACUUUAUUGGCUUUGUAAUUUUUAAUGAGAAUAAAACAAUGAAAGGGAUAUGAUUGAAAAAUUUGCAAAAGGUAAAUAGAGAAUUCAUCAAAUCUAAUUAUGAUUUACUUUCCCCACAUUUGAAAACAGAUACAAAAUACUUUACUAAAAUUCACAUUUAUUGAAGAAAGUAGUGUAGUACAAUUGAAAGCAUUUGCGUUUCAAUUGUUUCAUGUAGAAUUUUUGGUACUAUUCUUUUUAUGUCAAACUUGAAAUAUUUUCUGUGAAAUUAAAUAAUCAUUAUUAGUAUUUACACCUAUAAUUUCGUUGAAUUCAACCUGAAUGGAAUUAUCUUGGAAAUAGACAGAGUAGGACGCUCAAAAGUAGUAUCUUGCCAGUAUUUUAAAAUAAGUUGAAAAUGUUGAAAUUCAGUUCCUCUUUUUUAGAAUAAUAAAAAUCGUUCAAUUUUUUUGUUGAACUCUAUUCUAUUUCAAAUAAUUCUGAACUUUGUUGAAUGAUUAAAAUUGACAAAAUAAUGAUGCACUUACUGAUGAUGGUUAUUCCAAAUACAAGAUGACCCAAUGAAAACUUAUUUGAAAGUAUAACUAUUAGGAUUUAAUGAGAAAAACCGGAAAAAAUCCACUUCAUUUGCGAUAGAACAAUUUUUUAAAGUAUAGUUCAAAUUUAUCCGUGCGGGGGCGUAUUCCAAUUUUUUUCCAAUGAUUCGUUAGUAUAGGUCUACCAGAGUAUAAAUUUAGAGACCAUUUGAUUAUGUCUCUUCAUUAUAUCUAGCGGCCAAGAAAUGUUGAGAGUAUCCGGAUAUGAUUGAAAAAUUCGAAAAAUGAAAAUCACAAAUUAAUAUGAUUUCAGCGUAUGCAAUAUUGUCCUCUAUUAGCUGGAUCAAUGGUAGUGACAAGAAAUUUGAGAUACAUGCCAUCAAGAAAAAAAAGUACCAACAAAUAAAUCACUAAAGAGCGUUUAAGUCAAAUUUUCUGGAGAUGAUGAAUAUGAAAUGGCUACGGUCAAAAUCGUUAUUUCAGUAGGUGAACUGAGCAUGAGCCACGUCUGCUUAUCGAGUAACUUUUGCAAAAACUGCUCUAGGUGGGAUUAUGUUGGACAGCUCGUAAGAGCAUUUACCAUGGUAGUAUCGUUAAAACAGUCAGGCUAGUAAUCUUUCUUCUAUGUUCUAAGCUGUUUUAAGUUUCUGGCCAAUUCUGGAUCGCCUAUAAGUAGAAUUGCUCCCUUUUGUAUAGAGUCGAGGAUCCUCAGGUUAUAAGUGCGAGCCGAGUUCCAAAUGAGCGAGCAAUAUUCCAAAGAUGGACGAAUCUAAGCCUUGCAGAGGAUUAGAAGUUGUGCGGAGUAUAUAGCUCCAAGCUUUUGUGAAAUUGCCUUGACUAAAUCGGUCACGUGACUAAGCCAGGACACAGUUUCUAACCCGAACUUCCAACAAGCGAAUUUUCGAUGCUGGUGAUAUUUUAUUACCAGACAGGACCAAAUCUCGAGUCGCAGUGCUACCCUUUUUUGUAAAAACAGCAGUCUGGGUCUCUGCUGCAAUAAUCAGAUUGCUUCCACUUCACUUCAGAAUGUUUUCAAGAACGGUAUUGAUGGUGGUGUUGAUACAUUAGUACUGAAUACAGUGUUUACAUUAUCAUUACAUCAACAGUCAUAAUGACUCUGACGCGCAUUUUGAUGACCAAGACAAUAACCAAUGUAAUUGUGGGUAUUGGUAAGUCUCUGAAGACGAUAACUUAGCGAUUAAAACAGACAGUAUAAUUGUGAGUGUAGGUAUAGUGGUAGCAUAAACUGCGUGAAUAUCACUAAAGAUUCCAGAAAUUCAAACUUAGUAAAUUCCUUUUUCAUCUUCGAAGACACAUAUUGUAUAAUAUAUUAACCUUGAAACAUCUACCAUUCCUAGAUAAGCUAACUGGAUGGAAGAAAUUGGGCGGUUAUGACUAAGCAUGGAAAAUUUUUUAAUACAAUUAUUUAAUAAAAAAUUGGAGGCGCCAAAAUAUGUAGUUUCGGUUCGGUACUGCCUAUUUAGAAGGGUCUAAGUGUUCUCUCACAAAUUUGAAUUGUUUAAGAUCUCUCCAAAAUAUUUUCUAUAUAGUUUCAGUACGUUUUCGUUGGUGUACAUUGUAAAUUGUAAACUAAUUGUAUGUAAUUUAUCAACAAAUUGAAUCUAUUUUAAUUAUAGUGUUUCAGGAUCUCAAUAAAAAAAAUCGGCAGCGAAUAGUUGUAAGCAAUUUUAGUCACAAGUACUCCAAUUUCUGGAUUAUAGUUCACUAAAACUUUAAAGUCAAAACUUCUACUAGGGUCACUUUUUAAAUAAAAAUUGUUUUGUAGUGGAGUAAUAAGAAUUUGAAAUAUGAACGUAAAUAGUAUCACAUAGUAAAAAAUAAAUAUUUUUUUUAUAAUUUCCAACCUAGUCACUAUUAACAUUUGUGAAGUAAUCGCACUAGCUUUUGGAUCCCAUCAGUUAAACCUGUUGAAUACACUGUUUACACCACCACUACUACACUCACGAUUACACUGUCUGAUGCUAUGGUAAACAGUUUACCUUCAGUCUCUGAAGACGAUAACUUGGUUAUCGAAACGCGUGUAUUCACUAUGAAUAUCACCAACGGUUCCAGAAAUUCCAGCUUAGUUAAACCAGUUAUUAAAAACUUUGAACUUAUCAUGUUCUAAGUGCUUUUCACUGAUAAAGUCGUUACCUUUUGAAAACAGUUGAAUGUUUGAUGGUGUUAAGUUAGGGCUGUAUACGGAUUUUCCAAUCAAAUGUUUGUGUCGAGUCUUCAUGACAUUUAGCCGUCCAAAUCGUUCUUCAUCGUAAACCUUUGUCUUUUAUUCAUUAAAAACUCUACACCAUUUAUUACACCCUCACCAUCAAAUUCAAUAAGCCUCCGGCGUUUCAGCAGGAUGAAACUUAAAAACCAAAUAACUGAGUGAACUAACCGUGGAUUGCUUUUUGAAAUGGCGAGAAACUAAAUAGUUUAACCAUACUUUGAAAAUGACCCUCAAAUUUGAAGUGUGCUUAACCGAUUAGUAAACUUUUUAUAGUGCUACAAUAUAUAUUCUAAAUCAGAGAUUCCAAACCAUUUUGAAGAAGACAUCCCCAUUUUAAAAUAAUAUGAUGUCUUAAACCCCAUAGCCAAAUACUUUCAUAAUCAUUUUUUUCAAUUUUUUUAAAACCUUAGUGGUCCAUUAUUCAAGUAAACUUGACAUUAUUUCUCGUUAAAAAAUUGAAUAAAAUAGUUAUAAAUUUCAGUAAAUGUCGAGUGAAAUUAAUAAUUCUUAGUAGUAAUUACAAAAAAUUGCUUGGCAUAAAUUUUUAUAAAAACUAUCAAAAUCGCAAAGAAAAAUUAAAUAAUAAGAAAGGAUGGAUGAUUUUCGUGACUAUAUACCAAUCUAUCUUACCUUGAUUCAAUACUUGUAACUAGCAGCACUAAAUCUCCUCAUUCGUUUGGAACUACACUGAACCUUUUUCCAAAAUAUAUUUGGAAAUGCGAUAAAUAAGAUAUUUUUCGGUAAUGUUGCACUGCAAUCCGAGCGUCUUAUAGACCUUGUCAAACUUCUUUUUGAUUGUGCUAUGAAGAUAAAUUCUUUUUGCACUAUCAAUUGGCUUCUUUUAUUGUUGUGAUGCUAUGGAAUUUUUUUAUAAAGGAGUUUUCUCACAAAGACCAAUGUAUGGAUGUUAAACAUACCGAAGCUAUCGACCAAGUAAUAAAUAUAAUUUUUACAAAUAUUAAUAUUUUCUUUCAAAUUCGAUUCUUUUUUUAUAAAAACCAACACAGAUUCAAAAAUAACUUCUUAGCAAGAUCCUCUUGAUAGUCCGCAAACUUCAUUCUGCAGAAGUACUCGAGUAAAGAUUUCAACGUUUUGUAAAAAAAUAACCGUGAAUUCAAAGAAAUACUUCGAAUGUUGCUUAUGGAUUUUAUAUUAUUAAUCUCGUACUAGUGUAUUUUAAAGUACAAUGAUACAUCCCAUUUAAAUAUUAGUCAUUCUUUUAACUUUGUUAAAGUAACACAACUUAUAGAGUAUCUUGAAAGUUACAAAUCUGAGUUUGUGUUUUUUACACUACCUCCACUUCCCAGGAAACUGACUUAUACCUUUUUAGGAAUCCCUGAUUUAAACUAUAUAUUUGAAUAGAUGAUGAAUUUUUAUUUUCAAUACUAUCCUUUAUAGCAGCGUCGGAUUAAUUAGUAGUUGGCCUAAAAUCGACUCAGGUUCCACUUAAGAAUAUCAAAAUCAACUCGAAAUUGUUUUAAAGUAAUAUUUUCGAACAAUUUGUGGAAAAAAUUGCAAAUUUUGUUACGCAUCCAACAUUUCUUUUAAAAUGAAUGAUCAAAUUAGUAAUUUUGCGAGACCUCUACCCGCUCGGGGCCCGGGACUUCAUUCCCCUAAGACCCAUCUAAAAUCCGACGCUACUUUAUAGUCUUGUUGAAAUUCUGUGACAACCAAAUUUGAUAUUUAGUCCAGGACUAAUUGGUGCAUUAGUACCGGAAACUAUUCUGCCUCAAUUUUUUUAUGUGAUCCUCUUCAAAUUGCACUACUGAUGAUAUAAAUGCAUGUGGCCAUGGGGCAACCAUGUGCCAUAUUAUUUUAACAAUUGCAAGGAAUUGUUGUAUUUCAACCGGACAAUUUUUUUUAUAUUCUUUAUUGAAAUACGAAAAAAAAGGUCCUACGACUUUGCACGGUAAAGUUAAUAUUUUUAAAGGUUCGACAAAUCUCGAAUUUGAUUAAUUUUGAGCCAUGAAAAAUAUAUUUAUUUGCAAUUAUAUAUGCAAUGCUGUCAUCACUAAAGUCACUGAAGGUUAGAAAGUGUCAUAUUACACACCUUCCCGCCCUCUAAAAUAUUGUGAUCGUUAAAAUUUUUCUCAUCUAAUCUAGAUGAAUAUUUUUUAUAUUUAAAAAUAUAACACAUAUGACAAAUAAUAUUAUAAUACCUGUUUAAUGGAAAACAAUUGAAAUCAAAAUUGAACUAAAAUACAACAAACUACUUAUUGAAAUUAAUGGUUAAAUUUGAAUUAUUAUAAGCGUUUAUAGAAAUAUUUAGGCUAUUACCAGCAAUGACGUCUCCAACAGUUAUCUCUUUGGUCGAUAAAUUACUUUGCUGUUGAAUGACUAAGGUUUGUGAACUACUUGCAACUUGAACAGCUUUGCAAAUUGUAGGUAAUUCCUUUAUCAAUAACAUUGCUUCCUUUAACAAUUUUAUAAAUUCAAUAGUUUUUGAGAUAAAUGAUAAAAAGUGAUUCAGGACACAGAAAGACCGAUGUGUUGUGAGCGCGCGUAAUUAACAAUUAAAAAAUAGGUAUAUACAAUGAAUUUUUUAAAAUCUCUAUUAGGAAUAUCAACCAUUGUAUGAAGAAUUGAAAAAAAAUAUUUUUAUUUUUUAUGGGUCAAAAGUACAGCAUAACAUCGAUUUUAGAUUUUUCCGUAUUUUAGAUCAUUCGAACAUUUUAAUGCAUUAUGGUGGCGCCAUCUACAAAAUAAUAAUAAAAAGAUUAAAUACUUUAUAAAAACAUAUUCUUCAUGCUAUCAUUAUGUAUGGUUUUGCCAUCUAGUGUCACAUUCAGAAGCUAAAAAUUACGAUACGAACGAAUCAGUCCGGAUUUACGAUGUUCAACUCUACCCAAAUUUUUCGAACCUCUAAAAACUAAUCUCGAAAAAUAUUAAGUUUACCACGAAAAGUUGUAGGAAUUUUUUUAUUUGUAUUUCAAUAGAGAAUUUAAAACAAAUUUGCCCGAUGGAAAAAUAACAAUUCUUUGCCAUUGUUUAUACAAUAUGGCACGGGGUUGCCCAUUGCAACAUGCAUUUGUAUUAUCGGUAGGGCAAUUUGAAGAAGAUCGUAUGAAAAAAUCGAGGUGGAACAGUUUUCGGUACUCAUGCGCCGAUUCCUUCUGGACUAAUUAUUUACAGUAUUUUCAUUAACUUGUUCAAUAUUCUGCAAAAUCCCUAAAGUGAUGAACAAUGAAAUAACUAAAUUGUGAAGUCGCUGCAAACUGAAAUAAUGAAUAAUUAAAAUAAAAUAAUAUUAUACCUAUAUGCUUUUAAGAUAUAAAAGUGAACUUAUAUGCUAUUGUGUAUUUAAUUUUUGUAAUUAGGUUAGUAAAACCCUUGUGAUAUUUACUUUCUAUUUAUAUAUUUGUAAUUAGUACCUUAAGGUAAACGUUUGGCUUUUGUUUGAAGUGUGCAAAAAUAUUUAUUUAUCUUGUAGAGAGAACUAAGUAAUUAUUUAGAAUGUCACGUGUUUGUUAUUAUUUUACUAGACAAAUGAAUUGAAACUAAAAUCUAGAAUUGAACACACUGUUUACCCUGAAGAAGAAACGUGGUUAUUGUUGUGAUAGGUCACUAAUUUAUGAUGAAAAUAACUUUGAUGACGUAGUAAUACUCAAAAUGAAAUAAACUGUAAUUGUACAAAUCCUCUAUAUAAUAAAGAUAUAUGAAAAAUAAACAAUAAAACGUGCUCAUUACACGUGGCAUUGUUAAGAAGUAGUGACAAGCGGCAAUGUGGCUUUAACAUCUCGCCCUCUUUAACAUUUCUUGGAAACUUUUAAGUCAUUGAAAACCUCACUGCUUGGGGAGAAUGCGCAAUUUCAUUGUAAAUGUAAAUUCCAUCUUUGUGGCUGUAGUAAACAGUGUGUUUAGUAUUAACUUUAUCAAAGGUUACAAAAAUUCCAACUUAGAUUGAAGAGAAUUCAGAUUGCUACAAUGGUACAAUUCGGAAGAUGAAACUUGCAUCAAACCAGUUCUAGGUUUGAAAACAAAAAAAUAAAAAUAAGAACUGAUUCUGCAAUAUUCUUUUGGUACUUUAAAUUUGAUGCUUUUUAACAAAGAAAAAAACAAUUAUGUGUUUGAGAAAUUCUGUGAUAUCUACUUUAAUAAAAGUUGGAAUGCAUAUAAUUUGAUAUAUUAUUCAAUUAUAUUAAUAUAAUUUAAAUUUGAUUCAAUUACAUCAAUUUAAAUAUAUAAAGGAUUGGUGGUGUCUAAAUAAUAAAACAUUAAUAUCAAUACGAUUGAACCCUUUUAAUUUAUAAAAUGAAUUAUCUAAAUUCUAAAUAAAUCAGUGGUUCACGUCCCUAAUUUGACAAUUUUAUUUACACAAAAUCGAUUUUGAGAAGAAUUAAUUAUUAAUUUCCACCUCUUUAAAGAUAAUUAUUGAUUUUUUAAAUAACAUCUAUCCAUAAUAGAAUGAAUCAAAAUUAGAUGAUCUGAUAACUAUGAUAUUGAUUUUUAUUAUCAUGUACUUACCAAUCCUCUUUGGUGCACAUGAGGUUUUUUAUUUGACACUGUAGAAACAUUUACAUCUGGUAACCAGACUAAACAGAAUCACCACCAUAAGAGUAAUUUUUUAUUUUAUACAAUUUCAGCUCAGUCAACUUUCAAGCAAAACUGCGAUAUUAUAGAACUGUAAAAUCUCAUAGUUUCAAGAAUUUCACUAGAUUUUAUUAUUUGAAGUCUGAUUUUGAUAAUAGUACAAAUUAAAAGGUAUAGUCGAGGAAGAAUCUCAUUUUCUUUAAUGUUUAAAAUAUCUAUUAUAUAUAAGUAGAAAUUUAGAUUUUCAGUAUAAACUAAAUGAGACAUACUUUUCUAAUUCCUUUGACCAUUCCUCUGAUUUUUGAAUUUACCUACCUCUACAAUUAUAUUUCUUCCAAUAUCAAUUGCAGAUUAUAAUAACCCUUGCCGACAUUUUUGUUUCAUCUAACAUAGACGUAGAUAUUAUUCAUUUUAUAAAUACUUUUAAAAAAUGUAUGUGUUAUGCGAGAAAGUAUUCGUUAAAAAGCUUUGGAAUCAUUAUAAAUUGAACGGCUAUAUACGCCAUUGUUUAUAUAGAUGCACUUAAUUGUAGUCUUAUUUGGAACUUAGUAAAAAAUCAUUAUACCUCGUUAACUUGCAACAACUGAAAAUUAAAUUAUAAAACCUAAUUAGACGAGUAAAAUGAACCUGCCUGUAAAGGAGUUUGGUUUAAACAGGGUACCAGACGUGAACUGUGCUCUUUUGUACUCCAUUCGUCUAUUAGAAUUUCGGUAGUUUUUUAUCUGACGCAAAUAAUUUUGUUGCUAUCGAACUAUCCUUGACGAUUCGGUUAUUGCCAUCCGUUUUUUGUGUUUAAAACCACAUGCUGACAAUUUUGACGCAAAGUUUCGAAACCGGUAUAAUUGUAUCCUGGAUAAUUACUUCUAAUGUCGCCACCCUGUUCUCCUUAUAUAAACUACAAAUUGUCCUACAUAUAGAAUCUUGAGUAGCUUUGUCAACUGAUUUCAGUUUUUCUUUACAUGUUUUUCGGUAUCAGAUUGCUGAAUAUUUUCCUUUUUUCAACAUUCGAAUAUAUUAAAAUAACUUGCUGUGUUUGUAUAUCUAAAUCUUCAUUAUCAAAUUCAUACCUGUCUUUAUUCUCACUACACUGUGCAAUUUAAUUGUCGUCAUUCGCCCAUGGUCUAAAGAACGCCAUAUUUUUAUUUAUUUAAAGAAAUUUAUGUAUUAAAUUGAUCGCGCCACUGCUUAUCGUAGACUUCCGACAGGUUAGACCAAUAGAAAUGCAUUUAUGUUAACGAUUCGAUGUUUUCAUUGGUAAACAGUGGAGGUGUUGAGCCCACGUGGACUGAGGGUUUGUUAGACAUUUACAGAAUUUUAUACGGGAAGUAAACAUAAUUUUUCAGUUUUUAAUUUGAUAUGAGUGCCGUGCGUAUUUAUGAAAUAUUGAUUGUUCCUCGCAUAAUUGUCUUCUGCAAUUGAUGUUGGAAGAACUAAACUUAACUAUUUAAUCAGUAGUUACUUUCAUCAUUUAUCUUGAUUUUGAUAAGCAAUUCGUUAAAAAAAGACUCAAAAAUAUAUUUUACUGACUGUAAUUAAUUUCUGCUAUACAGAUAUAUUUGUUCCAAGAUAUUUCAUCUGUUGCUCAACAACCAUCGAAUAUUUACCUGUAAAAAUCCUCCCUAAGUAGUUGGUAAUCCCAAUCAACUAGUACUGAUAUUCAAUGUGACCAUAGAAAAUUCUUUAACAUAUGGAGGUCUAAAUACCGUGAGAUUGAUACAAGAUGUGCAACAGUGGAGUCAUACUGCUUAGGAAUGCGGUGAAUUUGUGGGACAUAACAAAAUAUGGAAACAAAAAUCGAUUCAAUAUCUUUAAUGAUGAGAGCUGAUGUGGUACGCAUGAUACUAAAAAAAAUUUUAGACUGUUUAAAUAUUUCCGACAAAAAGAACGCAAUGCAUUAAAAUAACUCGUGCUGGACUUAAAGACGGUUGGAUUCCAAAUGCGCCGUUGUCAGUAAAAACCAUGAAGAUUCAAGUUUGGACUAACAUCAAGAUUCGAAAUUAUUUGCUUUUGAACUGGAUAAUACACGUUGUCACAGUAUAUAGAGUACUAAAUAUGCCAAAUAAUAAAAAAGACACUGUCUUUACGUUUAUUUUGACAAAGACUACAGCAAAAUUUAUCUUUUAGAGCAGCAUCGAACACCGAAUUAUCCUCCCAUAAAAGCUGGCAAAUUGGUUAAUAGCCCAGUCGGUGGAGGCAAUUUUAUACCAAAAAAAUAUAUUAUAUGUAAAAAGGUUGAUAUUACAAAGUAUACUAAUUGAUUUGAGAGAAACUUCAGAGGUCCAUCGAUUUCCCCAUUAUUUCAGUCUGUGAUGAAGAUAGAAAAAGUACCACUUUGUAGGGUAAGUUUUCCUCGAUAAAAAAGGUCUAUUACACUUUUUUUGUAAAGUCUAUAGUUUUCACGGAAUGAUUAACCAAACACAUUCUUCUUUCUCCGAUCUUGUAGCUUACUGAAGGGUAUGCCGAACUUCUUGGCUGUUGAUCUUCAAGAGUUUUUUGUACCUCCUCUUUUGUUCAUUUUCUUUUCAUUGUGGUUCUUUCCUGUAACGCGGCAUCUACCAAGUUGAAAAUAAGUGGAUAAGGAUACAUUACUUUACAAACUAAUAAUAACAUGUCUUAUAAUUCCAUACGGGGUAAUACCGGCCCCUUACUGGUAUUUCCCAUGAUUCCCAUAACCCCAAAAUACGAAAACAGUUUCUUUUGUUUGCCUAAGGAUAAAAUCUAACAAUCAUAUACGAUGUAUAAUAAUCAACUUUGAAAAAUAUAUUCAAUGGUAUAAACCACUUUUUAAGCUUACCUGUAACUAAAUUUUUUAUUUUAUAACAAAAAACUCACUAUUCGCGAUGCAAAAUGGCGUCGCUUGGUAAAUAAGUUUACACGGUCCUAUACUAGAUGGCAACAUUAGUAGCAAUAGCAGAAUGUUUUUGGAAUUUCUCCAUCUUAUCCCACAGUUAUUGUUUACUAUUUGGAACUCAAGAAGAAAUAUUUUGAAGCAAACUAUACUUGAAGCCAAUUUAGAAAAAAUGCAUUUGUUCGGAUCCCAUAGAUAAUUAUUAUUCAUUUACAUGACUAAAUGUUAAAACUCUUGAUUUCAUUAACCAGGUGUAAAUUUCUCCCCUGGUUUCCAUAAGCAUGUGAUGAAAAAUUUCUCUGAAGGGGUGUAUAAUGAAAAAAUAUCAGAUUAUACAAAAAUUAUUUAAUUGAAAACUCUUAAUCAAUUACAUUUUACCCAUUUGCCAUUGCUACUAAAAUAUUUAGAAAAGGGUCGUAUUUUUGCUUGAUAGUUGAAGUGUUUAGAAUUCGUCUGGCAACCGAGUUCAGUAAAUUGAAUAUUUGUGCCUUCCUAAUAAUGAAGUCCUGAAAAAGUAACUAUAUUUUUAUAUAUUAUGAAUUUUGUGAAUGUAAUUUAUUCAAUGUGUAUGUACUAUAUCAUAUAUUUAGAAAUAUUUUAUUGAAAAUAUACCCUAUUGACAACA